UAUAGAUAUUAUGAGUAAAUAUCUUAUAUAGCAACUUUAGAAUAUACGCUUUGGAUAUUUAAAACUAAACCUGCACUGUCAAACUUUUGUGUGAAUGGGUUUCUAUCAUUAAUAUUCCGCUUGCUACUUUACAAACCCCACAAGGUGGAUGUCUUGAUUUAUGAAUAUUUAUUAUAUAAAGUGACGUUUGCGCAGUGGUCUUAUCUGAUUGGCUAAGACCAAAGACUAUAGAAUACCCUUAAAGAGACUUUCAGAACGCGCUAGUCAGCUGGCCAAUUAACGGCAUGUUCAUGAAUAUUAAUUAGAGGACUUUUUAGCGUCAGCACGAUCUAAUUAACAUUCAUGAGGUUAUUCUUCGCCAUAGUAGGAGUCUAUGGUAAUUUGGCAUGCCGCGUCACGCUCUCAGCUGAUUCGGCAGGUUUUCUCGGCUCCUCCCACAAUGCAUCGGUCCCUCUCCACUCGCGUCCGCGGUCAUGGAAGCGAACGGGACCGAGCCGCUGCCGGUGCAGCCAGGCGUGGACACGCUGAUCCUUAACGGGGAACGAGAAGAAGCCGACCCCGCCAAGAAGAAGAAGAAGAAAAAGAAGAAAAGCAAGACAGCCGCUUCCGCAGGACACAGCGAGCAGGGUGAGAAUGGCGAGGUGGAGGUGAGGAAACAAACCGAACAGCAGAACCUGGAUGAGAAAGAUAGAGAAGAGGAUGGAGAAGAAGACGGUGAGGAAGCUGACAACAUCUCUGGGAAAAAGAAGAAAAAGAAGACAAAGAAGAAGAAAGGACCCAAAACCCAAACGGACCCUCCAUCCAUCCCCAUCUGUGAUCUGUACCCCAGCAGUGUGUUUCCUGUGGGUCAGGAGUGUGAAUACCCUCCAUCACAGGAUGGGCGUAGCGCCGCUUGGAGAAUGAGCAAUGAGGAGAGGCAAGUGAUGGAUAAAGCCAAUGAGGAUAUGUGGAAUGACUUCCGGGAGGCGGCCGAAGCCCAUCGGCAGGUGCGGCAAUAUAUAAGGAGCUGGAUCAAACCUGGAAUGACUAUGAUUGACAUCUGUGAAUGUCUGGAGGACUGCAGUAGGAAGCUGAUCAAAGAGAACGGUUUGAACGCAGGGCUGGCGUUUCCUACCGGGUGCUCGCUGAAUAACUGUGCUGCUCACUACACACCAAACGCUGGAGACCCUACUGUCCUCCAGUACAACGAUGUGUGCAAGAUUGAUUUCGGCACACACAUCAACGGCAGGAUCAUUGACUGUGCCUUCACUGUCACCUUCAAUCCAAAGUAUGACCGUUUGCUCGAGGCUGUGAAAGAUGCUACCAACACGGGCAUCAAGUGUGCAGGUAUAGAUGUACGUCUUUGCGAUGUUGGAGAAUCAAUACAGGAAGUGAUGGAGUCGUACGAGGUUGAAAUAGAUGGUAAAACGUAUCAAGUCAAACCUAUUCGGAAUCUGAACGGACACUCUAUUGGUCAGUAUCGGAUACAUGCUGGUAAAACAGUGCCUAUAGUGAAGGGAGGAGAAGCCACCAGAAUGGAGGAGGGGGAGGUGUACGCUAUCGAGACGUUCGGCAGCACUGGUAAAGGAGUGGUCCACGAUGACAUGGACUGCUCACAUUACAUGAAGAACUUUGAUGUUGGACAUGUGCCAAUCAGGCUGCCCAGGGCAAAGCACUUGCUAAAUGUUGUGAACGAGAACUUCGGCACCCUAGCGUUCUGUCGCCGCUGGCUCGACCGUUUGGGUGAAAGCAAGUACCUGAUGGCCCUGAAGAACCUAUGUGACCUGGGCAUCAUUGACCCCUACCCCCCUCUCUGUGACGCCAAGGGCUCGUACACGGCUCAGUUUGAACACACCAUCCUGCUCAGACCUACGUGCAAGGAAGUUGUGAGCCGCGGAGACGACUACUGAAACGUACAUAUGUAUAAACACUCACACUCCAGUCCCAUGCAAAAACAUACACAAACAUAUAGGCAUUCUUAAAAGAAUAAACUAGUUUAAAACCCGAACUGCUGUUAAGGAAAUGCUGCUGUGAAUGCACAGCAUAUACUCUGCAUUAAGUAAGGCAUGAAUAUACUAUGCAUGGGUACGAGUCAGUGCCCGAAGUGAGCAAGAUAAAGACUUUAUACUCA